UUUAUUAGUACAUAUCUACAUAUCUGGUGGCAGCACUCGAUAAUUUUGUCAGCACUUACUUACAAGUAGUAAACAGUUAGGUGUUCACCAUUUUGUUUCCGCUUCCGUUAGAAGAACUGUUUGUUGGAUUUAAAAUUCAAUUAAGUGCAUACAAUUUUAAAAUGGAUUUUCCGAAAAUCGAAAUUGCCGAAAAUGACGACGAUUUAGUAGAAAACCCACUACUGGUGGCUUUUUUAGAGCAGUUUGUUGCUCAGCUGAUGAAUGAAGUGUCCGAGGUUGAAGCGUCUUGCGAAAAAUUGAAAGCUUCAAAUAAAGAUUUACAAAAAAGAAAAGACAGAUGCCUUAGAGAAAUAUUUACAUUGACAACUGGUAAUGUGGACGGUGAGAUUUUAUCACAGCACUUUAGACAACGAAUGCAAGGUGAACUUGAGAGGUUUAAAAUGACUGGGCAACGAGACGAUGAAGUGUUGCGAAAUUUCCAAAGGGAUUAUGUAGAUUGGCGUGACACAUUGAAACAGAAAAUGGAAAUUAUGCUCGGAACCGAUAAAUUGGCCGAUAUGUCUGAAAUUGAACUGGAGGCGAAAUUACAAACGCUGAAAACUGCUCUUGAAAGUUCGAAGAAUGAACUCAGUGCUUUUGAAGAAGCCACCAAAAAUAAAAAUUCACUCUUAGAAGGAAAGAUAAAAGCGUUGAAGGUUGAAGUGAAAAUGUUAAAUUCAUUAAAAUUGGAACAGAACACUACACAUCAACGGCUCACAGAUGCAUUAAAGGAAAAACGGCUCAAACAUCAGGAGGACUCCAAUAAAUUGUUAAAAGAAAUUUCUGAUUUGCAAAAGAAACUGGACCUACACGAAUAAGAAAGAGAUAUAGACUU